AUGUCCAAGGAGUAUAUUAUCAAGCCUGAGUCCUCUGGGCCUUCGGCUGAUACUAGUGAAUGGCCAUUGUUGUUGAAGAAUUAUGACAAGCUUUUGGUAAGAAGUGGUCAUUACACUCCAAUUCCAGUGGGCAGCUCCCCACUUAAAAGAGAUUUAAAGUCAUACAUCAGUUCUGGUUUCAUCAAUUUGGAUAAGCCAUCUAAUCCAUCCUCUCAUGAAGUUGUUGCUUGGAUCAAACGUAUUCUGCGCUGUGAAAAGACGGGUCAUUCAGGUACUUUGGAUCCAAAGGUUACUGGUUGUUUGAUUGUUUGUAUCGAUAGAGCUACAAGGCUGGUCAAGUCCCAACAGGGUGCUGGUAAAGAGUAUGUUUGCAUUGUUAGAUUACAUGAUGCUCUGAAAGACGAAAAAGAUUUGGGUCGUUCUUUGGAGAACUUGACAGGUGCCCUGUUCCAAAGACCUCCAUUGAUCUCUGCUGUUAAACGUCAAUUGCGUGUCCGUACCAUUUAUGAGUCUAAUUUGAUUGAAUUUGAUAACAAAAGAAAUUUGGGUGUCUUUUGGGCUUCAUGCGAGGCUGGUACUUAUAUGCGUACUCUAUGUGUUCAUUUGGGUAUGCUGUUAGGUGUAGGUGGUCAUAUGCAGGAGUUACGUCGUGUUAGAUCUGGUGCUAUGUCUGAAAACGACAAUAUGGUUACUUUGCAUGAUGUUUUAGAUGCUCAAUUUGUAUACGACAACACAAGGGACGAAUCUUACCUAAGAAAGAUUAUCCAACCAUUAGAAUCAUUACUUUUAGGAUACAAAAGAAUAGUAGUAAAGGACUCUGCAGUCAAUGCUGUUUGUUAUGGUGCUAAGUUAAUGAUUCCUGGUUUGCUGCGUUAUGAGGACGGCAUUGAACUAUACGAUGAAGUUGUUCUAAUUACGACAAAGGGUGAAGCAAUCGCAGUUGCAAUUGCUCAAAUGUCUACUGUUGACUUAGCCACCUGUGAUCACGGGGUCGUUGCCAAGGUAAAAAGAUGUAUUAUGGAAAGAGAUUUAUACCCAAGAAGAUGGGGAUUGGGUCCAAUUGCUCAGAAGAAAAAACAAAUGAAGGCUGAUGGAAAAUUAGACAAGUACGGCCGCGUGAAUGAAAAUACUCCUGCCGACUGGAAGAAAAGUUACGUUCCACUAGAUAACUCAGAUGCAUCCGCUGAAAAAUCUCAAGAAGCAGACACUGAAACUUCAACUCCUUUAAUAUCGGAAGUCAAGAAAAAUGAUGAAGAAGAGAAAGAAGAAGAGAAAGAAGAAGUGAAAGAAAAUGAGUCCGAAGAAGAAAAGAAGGAUAAGAAGGAAAAGAAAGACAAGAAGGAGAAGAAAGAAAAGAAGGAAAAGAAAGACAAGAAGGAAAAGAAGGACAAGAAAGAGAAAAAGAGAAAGUCAGACGAUUUAGAUGAAGAUUCUGAAAAGAAGAAGAAGAAGUCAAAGAAAUAA